CGCCGCAGCUUCUCUCCGCUCCUCUCUGCCCGGGCCUCCGCGCUCCUCUCUGCCCGGGCCUCCGAGCUCCUCUCCCGGCCGCGCUCUCCCGCUCCUCCCCGCCGUCCGGACCCGAGGCAUGACCCGCCAUGUUCGACCUUAACGGCGGCUGGAACCUGUCCUUCGCCGGCUGCGGCUUCCUGGGGAUCUACCACAUCGGCGUAGCGAGCUGUUUGCUGGAGAAAGCGCCGUACCUGGUCCAUGGAGCCACCAAGAUCUACGGGGCCUCGGCCGGAGCCCUGACCGCCUCUGUGCUCGCGAGCCGGGCGUGCAUCGCUAAGUGUUGUGAGGAUGUGAUAGACGUGGCUAAAGAGGCUCGCCGGAGGAACCUGGGCCCUCUGCACCCGGCCUUCAACCUGGUGAAGGUUCUCCGCUCCGGGCUGAGCCGGGACCUGCCCGCAGACGCCCACCUCCAGGCGUCCGGCCGCCUCUGCGUGUCCCUGACCAGAGUCUCCGACGGAGAGAACGUGCUCGUGUCCCACUUCAGCUCCAAGGACGAGCUCAUACAGGCUCUGGUCUGCAGCUGUUUCAUCCCCAUCUACUGCGGCCUCAUCCCCCCUUCAUUCAGAGGAGUGAGGUACGUGGACGGGGGCAUCAGUGAUAACCUGCCGCAGUCUGAGUUGAAGAACACCAUCACCAUCUCCCCGUUCUCUGGAGAGAGCGACAUCUGCCCCCGAGACGGGUCCUCCAGCUUCCACGAACUCCGCUUCACCAACACCAGCAUCCAGAUGAACCUGGGGAACAUGUACAGACUCAGCAAAGCUCUGUUUCCCCCAGAGCCAAAGAUCAUGGCUGAGAUGUGUCAGAGUGGAUAUAAAGACGCUCUGCGCUUCCUCCAGGAGAACAACUUGUUGACGACCGCUGCUCCGUCCUCUGGUCCCUCGGCGGCGGCGGCGGACGUUCCUCCGGGCUGCUGCUGCGCGCAGACGGAGAGCACCCGGGAGUGGGUCCUGCGGCGGCUCCGGCUCCUCGGGAAGCAGCACUGGUGGCUCGACGAGAAACUCAACCUGCCCAGCAACAUCAAGAAAGUUUUCUGUGAGGCGUGUCAGGACAGAACCGGACUCGUCUCCACGGUAACGGGCAUGUUACCGAUGCGUGUGGCGUCCUACAUGCUGCUGCCCUACACGCUCCCGGUGCAGUCGGCCUACUCCGCCGCCCAGAGGUUUGUGGAGUGGAUCCCGGACGUUCCCGCCGACGUGCGCUGGAUUUUUGGAAUGGCAGGAGACGUUUACAGACAAGCCCGAGGAGGCCCCGCCCAGAGCAGUGACUCCGGUCUGAGGAAGUGCCUGAGCGUCCCUCCUCUGUCGUCGGAGAAAGAGCGCCCCCUGGACCUGGACAUUUUGCCGGCGCUCUCGUCUCUGGAUCUCCACGGAAACUACUGGGAGAUCCCCCAGACGCCCACGUCCCCGUCGUCGGCGCCGCUCUCCUCCCCCCAGCAGGUCUGCUUCUUCGUGGGCUCCGAGGACGACGCGGCGCCCCCCAGCUCCGCGACGGACUGACGGGACGGACAAAAAGCACCGGAACAAAACAAAAAAGCAAAAAAACUCAAAGCAAAAAAACUCAAAGCCAAAAAGGAAAAAGGAGGAAAGUGUUUUUAAAAAGACUAAAUCUGACUUUUUCUCUGUUCUGACUUCGUUUCCUCGGCUCAAACAGACCUGGAGUUGUGUUUCGUUUCGUUCGCACACGUUUAACGCACGAACCCGGCGACAGGACGCUCAGGAAGUGCUCCACUGUGUUUUUAAACUCCGUAUUUAUUUGGUUUUAAUCUUUAUUUCAGACUCGAAUGUUCUUCGGUCUGUAGUUUAAAAGAGAAACUGGAUAUAAAAAAUAUACAAAGCACCAAAAUGAGUUCAUAAAGUUCUUUAAAACGUGUAGAGCUCUGAGUUUUAAAGAGCUCAGAGUUUUUGAGAGUUCAGAGUUUUAGAGAGCUUAGAUUUUUAAAGAGCUUAGAGUUUUCCAGAGCUCAGAGUUUUAAAGAGCUUCAGAGUUUUAAAGAGUUCGGAGUUUUUGAGAGCUCGGAGUCUUAGAGAGCUUAGAUUUUUAAAGAACUUAGAGUUUUCGAAGAGCUUAGAGUUUUUGAGAGCUCAUAGUUUUCGAGAGCUUUGAGUUUUAAAGAGCUCAGAGUUUUAUAGAGCUCAGAGUUUUCGAGAGCUCUGAAUGAAGAGAAACAAAACCCAGCUCUAGUUGUGUUUUUGAGGAGGGAACAUUAGAAGACGACUUAAAGCUCCAGGAGUUUGUUUUCUGCGUCUCUAAAUCGUCUCUAAACGUUUUGGACUGAAACACUCCGACAGCAGAAGAUUUAUUAUGUGACAGGGAAAAAAAGUGUAAAAAAAUGUUUAUUUAAAAUGUUUUGAUGAAAAGCCAAAAAUAUUUUUAGGAUUUAUUCAUAUUCAGAGUUUGUUAUUUGUAUUUUUCACAAACGGCUGUUGGAAAACGUCCUCUGACCUGCGACUCUGGGUUAAACUGGUUCAGGAGCAGAGGACCAGAUCUGAGCCAGGAUCCUGGUCAGGACUAAACCGGGACUGAACCAGGACUGAACCAGGACUAAAACAGGACUAAACCAGGUCUAAAACAGGUCUAAACCAGGACUGAACCAGGACUAAACCAGGACUAAACCAGAGCUAAACCAGGACUUAACAAGGACUAAACCAGGACUAAACCAGGACUAAACUAGGACUAAACCAGGACUUAACCAGGACUAAACCAGGACUAAAUCAGGACUAAACCAGGACUUAACCAGGACUAAACCAGAAUUUAAUCGUCUGAUUAAAUCCAAAGUCCAACCAGGAUAUCGACUAAACCGAUAUUUAGAUGUAGCAAACUUUUCAGUAACUGUGCCAAUUUCCAACACCAGUAUUUGUAUUGAUGCAUCCUUAACCAGGACUAGACCAGGACUAGACCAGGACUAGACCAGGACUAGACCAGGAUUUGAACCACAACUAGUCCCUGUAUCUGCAGGAUUAUUGUGCCUGUUUUGUGACUCUGGACCUUUGACACAGGGAGAACGUGCAAUAGAACCGAGGACCCUGUGACUGUGAGUCAGGGGGCCACUGCACCACUGUGGACCUGAUGAACUAAUACUUUAUGAACAGACUUUAAGUCUACGUUUAUACGAUGAGGGUCUGAACAGUCUCAUCUUCACUUUUUAUUCCGCGUUUAGACGAGUGUUUUCAGGAGGAAAUCUGCUGCAGACGGUGACGCAAAAGACUCGGUGGUGACUGGAGGUCAGGGGUUUCCAAACUAUUUUCAUCAAGGGCCACACAUCUAAACACAGACGAAGCAGAGGCCGAUCGAGGGCCGAUCGAGGGCCGCAGACUGGUGCUCAAUACAGUGAAUAAUUAUAAUAUAUUUAAUGUUUAACACGUUAGAAUGAACCGUCAGUUUUUAUUCACACUAAAAUCCUUAAAACCACACAAUAAAUAUUUGCUUUGUCAAGGUAGAUUUUCAAAAAACUUGCAUUAAAAAAUUUAUUUUUAAUUGAUGCAAGUUCAUUUGGGCCAAUUCACCUGGAAGCCUGAGGGCCAAGAAAAAUUUGUCUGAGGGCCACAUUUGACCCACGGGCCACAGUUUGGACAUGCCUGGUCUAGAUGGUGACGUAAACUCGAACACGACCUGAGCACAUCUGACCAGAGUUUUGCGUCUUGGGCAGACAGUGUUGUACUCAACUUUUCCACUCUGGAAGGUGGUUUCAGAUUUUUGUUUUUAAGCCCCAAAAACGCCGUCACUGUCCAAACGAAAAACACUUCCCAUCAAAUAUUUCGUCGCCCGCUGCUGUUUUUGUCUCUCACAAGUGCCUUUACGCCAGGACUCUCCAGCCUUUUUCCUCUGCUGAGCGAACUUUACAAAACAAAAAUAACAGAGAGCUGCUUAUUUUCGCAAGAGUCACAAGAAAAUUAGAAAGUACAAGAGCCACGGCGAGUCUUAGAAGCUUAUAAAACAUAAACCGUUAUCUGUUCUUUAGUGAAGUUCGGCAUCAAAAUUAUACAUUUAAUCAGACUUUAGUUAUUAAGCACAAUAUAUAUUCAGAAAUUGUUUGUGGAGCUGUUUGAAGAGGGUGGAGAGCUGCUGGAAGCUCCUGAGGUACAGGUUGGAGACUCCUGCUUUACACGGUUUAUUUAUAAAAUACUAAUAUCACAGUUUGGUUUGUUUUUUUUUACAAACCCUGGAGCCGAGAAGUGUCUCUGUCCUCUGUUGUUUUCACAUUUCUGUUAUUUUAAAGACGGGGUAUUGUGCAAAAUGUACUUUU